AUGGCACCAAGACGUCUUCAUCUCCGUGGACCCAGCCAACCAUCAUCACCAUCAAGCUCAGCACCAGCCACAAGACAUCCAUAUAACAACAAGAACAACGACAAGGUUCUCAACCUCCAGAUGCAGCACCAGCAGCAACCACGACGUCGCGAUCGCAACCGGGGGCUGCAAGCCGCCGCUGCCGCCAGGCCCCCCGGGGCGGACCUGGAAUCUCUCAGCUUGGCAGCGCUGGCGGCGGGGCUGUGGGAGGACAGCCGCGACGGCCGAGAGGGCCUUACGCCCGCAGCCAUCGUGGCAGCCCUCGAUAAGUACAUUGUGGGCCAGGCGGCUGCCAAGCGUGCAUUGGCGGUGGCGCUCCGAAACCGCUGGCGGCGGCAGCGCGUGGAGCCGGCGACAUUCCGGGAUGAGAUUAUGCCUAAGAACAUUUUAAUGGUGGGUCCUACGGGAUGCGGCAAGACAGAGGUGGCGAGGCGGUUGGCCAAGCUGGCAGAUGCACCCUUUGUCAAGGGUGAGGCCACGAAAUACACGGAGCUGGGCUAUGUGGGGCGAGAUGUGGAGGAGAUUAUCAAGGACUUGGUGGAGGCGGCGCUCGUACUUGUACGGCAACGUGCCAAGGACCGGCUGGCCGAGCACUCGUCCCGCCGCGCCGAGGCCAUCAUUCUGCGGGCCCUUGUGGGUCAACAUGCCAGCUCGGACACCUUGGGGAUGUUCCGGGAGAUGUACAAGCGGGGGGAGCUGGACGACACCCACGUGGAGAUCGACUCGGCGCUGCUGGAUGGAUCCGGAUCCAGCGGCGCCGGUGGUGGAUCCGGAUUUGGCGGCCAGCUGGAUUUUGGCCCCGGCGGUGUAUCCUGCUGGAAAGCUGUUUGCGCGACCGGACCGGGCUUUUGGCGGCCCCUCCCCGGGGGGGCUGGGGGGCGGCUCGGGGUCCGCCUACUUUUUCCGUCGUACUUGGCCCUGUGUCAGGUUUCGGAGGCGCGGUCCCUGCUAGAGGAGGCCGAGUCUGAGAAGCUGCUCAGCAGCGACCAGGUCACCCGGGAGGCCAUCAGGGCCGCGGAGCAGGACGGAAUAGUGUUCAUUGACGAGAUCGACAAGAUUGUGGACCCCAGCAGCGGCCGCGUGGUGACGGGUGGCGGUGUCUCCAGCGAGGGGGUCCAGAGAGACCUGCUGCCCAUCAUUGAAGGCAGUGUGGUGCCCACCAAGCACGGCAACGUGUCCACUGAACACGUGCUGUUCAUCUGCUCGGGAGCCUUCCACACAGCCAAGCCGUCGGACAUGCUGGCGGAGCUGCAGGGUCGCCUUCCCAUCCGAGUGGAGCUCAAGGGCCUUACGGCCGAGGACUUUUACCGCAUCCUCACGGAACCGCAAAACAAUAUGUUGCGGCAGCAGCAGGAGCUUCUCGCCACGGAGGCUGUCCAGCUGGUGUUCACGGAUGGCGCCAUUCGCGCUAUAUCGACCUUGGCUGAGCAAGCUAACCGCCUGCUGGAUAAUAUCGGGGCCCGGAGGCUACACACGGUGUUGGAGAGGGUGCUGGCGGACAUCAGCUUUGGAGCUCCGGAGCGGGUGGCGGAGGCGAGGAGGGAGGGACGGCAAACGUACGAAUACGUUGUGGACGAGCAGCUCGUACACCGGAAGUUGGACGACCUGCUGAAGAAGCAGGACCUGUCGCGAUACGUGCUUACUUUUUUGCUGCGGAUAUAUGCAGCUUCCUCUCGUCGCCUACCUCACCACAAGGUUCAGCCGUAG